AUGGACUGAAUAUAAUCCAAUUGAAAAUCACACGAAAAUUGUUUUGGAGGGUAAAAAAAAAAUGGUAAAUGGUAAAAAUCUUCAUAAGGGAAAAAUAAUAAUAAUUUAUCAAUAGUAAAAGGUUAAAAUUUGUUCAAGGGGGUUCGUGAAGCCAUUUCAAAACAGAGCUCUUCUCAACUCGGAUUCAAGAAUCAAGAACUGAUUUUUCUAUAUCAAUUUCAUUCUCGUGCAUUUCUACUCUGUUUUAUUUUUCCUUUUCUUGGAUUCUUAUUGAUCACCAACUCUUUUCUCCCAUUACAUUUGUUAUCUGGUGAAAAGUGAAACAUGUCUAUAAGACACAAUUUAGUUGAAUACAAUGGAAGGCCUUCUUCUGAUUACAUUCACUGUAAUAUGUGCAAAACGCGAGUUGCACUGGUCCAGGAUUACAUUCUGACUGGAAACGACUUAGUGACAGCAGCGUUCUUUAAUAGAUUGUUUAAUGUUGAAGUAUCAGAGGACGAGCCAUAUAAAAAAGUAAUAGAUGGCAAGACCCUAGCCGAGACUUACUGUGUCCAAUGUAGAAACCUGCUCGGGUGGAAACUUGUAAGAUUAAUUGCAGUCUCCCAGCCAUCUAUUAAUUACAGAGAAGGAGGAUUCUAUAUGAGAUUGGACAAGCUUAUUUACUGGAACGAUGUACCGUUGUUUGAUUUUCUCUUUGGAGGCGAUAACGAGCAAAAUGCUGAUCAACAUGGAGAUGCUAGUGAGCAAAAUGCUGAUCAACAUGGAGAUGCUAAUGAACAGAUUCCUAAUGAACAAGAUUUAGGCGCUAAUGAGCAAAAUGCUGAUCAAGAUGGAGACGCAAAUGAGGAAAAUGUUGAUCAAGAUGGAGACGCUAAUGAGGAAAAUGUUGAUCAAGAUGGAGACGCUAAUGAGGAAAAUGCUGAUCAAGAUGGAGACGCUAAUGAGCAAAAUGUUGAUCAAGAUGGAGACGCUAAUCAACAAGAUUUAGGCGGUAAUGCGCAAAAUGCUGAUCAAGAUGAAGAUGGUAAUGAACAAGAUUUAGGCGCUAAUGAACAUGGAGGUUGUUGUAGUUGUCUUAUGUAGUGGUUCUGUAUGUCAAACAAUUGCUGAUUGAGAGCACUGAAGUUUAUCGACUGAAUCAACUAUUGAUGAAAAUGCAGACAUCCAUAGCCUACUCAUGCUGCAGAAGCCGCUUACUACGAUUUAUGAAGAUAUACACUUCCACUGGGUACAGUGGCUGGAGUUCAUACUAUACAAGUAGUAAUUCGUAGCUGUGUAGAACUUCUGCUUUUUUGAUUUUGGGAUUAAUAUUAGUUCUUCAUUUUGGAGAAAAGCAAUCUAGACUGAUCAUUUUACAUGUUUGUUCUCUA